ACCCAUAUCACACAGUACUUUGAAAUCAAAUCAGAAUGUGUUGAUGAAACAUUUUAAAUCAUCAUAAAAUGAUGUUUUGGGGUUUAAUAAAGUGUUGGUUUGUUCUUCUAAUCCCGCAUAUAUGCAAAGCCGAUGUACGACUGGUUGGUGGUCAAACAAAAAAUAAUGGCCGAUUAGAAGUUAGGAAUGGUAGUACUGGUCCUUGGGGUACAGUUUGUGACGAUGAAUUUGAUAGAACAGAUGCUGCCGUCGUAUGUCGGAUGCUAGGGUUUCGAAAUACACAAUAUGCAGUGAAUGUAUCAUCUAAAGUUUAUGGACCAGGAUUAGGAAACAUAUUUUUGGAUGAUUUGAAAUGUGCUGGAAACGAAUCCGACAUAUUCCAGUGUAAGGCAAGUGCUGAAAAGAGCAAUUGCGACCAUGACGAAGAUGUUGGCGUAAACUGCCAAACACCAAUCACACUUGCUCAUGGAACAACAGCCCAUUCGGGGCGGCUAGAAAUAAAUGUGAACGGUUCUUGGAAGUCAUUUUGCCCACAUUCUUUCAACGAAACUACCGCAAAUGUAGUUUGCAGGAUGCUUGCUUUUAGCACUGGAAAUGUGGAAAUCAAGUCAACUCCAGGACUUGUUGACGGCAGUGAUUUAUCUGAAAAGUUGCCAGUGUGCAAUUAUGGUCUCGAAAACGAUAUAACCCAGUGUCAGCAGAGAGAUCAAACAUCUUGCUUGACGAAUGAAAGAGUAGAAAUCAAUUGCAGAACUCAGCUUAGGUUACAAAAUGGAGCCCACAAUCAAUCAGGAAGAGUAGAAGUUUACUUUGAAGACAGAUGGAAUGCUAUCUGUGAUGAUUUCUUCAAUGACAAGGCAGCAACAGUUAUAUGUAGAAUGCUAGGUUUCAACCAAAAGUUUGCUAAAAGUUACGGUCGAUCACGUUUUGGAAAAGGCAGUGCCGAUUUAGCUAUAGCUAUUGAUAAACUACGAUGCUCUGGUAAUGAGAGUGAUUUAUCAGAAUGCAAGUCGAACCAAUGGGGAUCACAUACAACGUGUAGUCGUAAUCGAACAGCCGCUGUGAAAUGUGCCACGGAAAUAAGACUUGCAAAUGGCCCGACGGCAUUUGCUGGCAGGCUAGAAAUCAAAUCGUCUGGUUCCUGGAAGACGAUUUGCGAUAAGGAUUUCGACAGAAAAGCUGCACAUGUUGUAUGUAAAAUGCUCCAAUUUGAUAACGGAAAUGUCAGUGUUAAAGGUAACUCAUACUACGGCAAUGCAAUGGCAAAUAACAUUGACUACGAAUUAAAUUGUACAGGUGAAGAAGACGAUAUAAUGGACUGCAUUCGGACACACAAGUAUUCAACUUGUAAAAAGACUGUUGGAGUCAAUUGUUACUCGAGUACACCCGUUAGACUUGUAGGUGGUCCGACACCUUUUUCAGGAAAGGUUGAGGUUUAUUCACAAGAAGAAUCCAAAUGGAAAGGUGUUUGUCUGAAGGAAUUCUCAAAUAAUGAUGCUUACGUGAUUUGCAAAAUGUUAGGGAAAACAAACAGAAAUCCAAGUAUACACAGAGCCUUGACGCUGUAUCAUUUUGUUUUACGAGGGCACGCCUUGUCGGCUUUAAAUUGUAACGGCAAUGAAAGCGAUAUUUCCGACUGUAGAUCUAAAGAACGUUGGAACGAAUCUACUUGUACUCACUUGGACUUUGUUGGUGUUAAUUGCGAUCCAGAAACGCCGAUUCGCCUUGUAGACGGUCCUUCAAUAAAAGCUGGUAGGGUAGAGAUAUAUUAUAAUGGGUCAUGGGGAGGUAUUUGUAUAAAUGAUUUGACAACGAACGACACAGGUGUUAUGUGUCAAAUGCUUGGAUAUACUCGUUCGUCAUACAUUCUUCAAAAUUUGGGAUAUGCAAAAGGAAAUAACAACAUAACAAUAACCGAUCUAAAUUGCUUUGGCAAUGAAUCUGAUAUAUCGGACUGUAAAGCGUCGCCGUGGCAAGAUGGUGUUUGUACAAGUGAUGCAGCUCUCUGGAUAGCGUGUGGAUCUUCUAUCAAACUAAAGAAUGGGUCUGAUGAUCGCUCAGGACGGGUUGAAAUUAAACAUAAUGAAACAUGGUGGACCAUUUGCGCUGAUACAUUUGAUAUAAAUGUAGCUAACGUAGUAUGUAGAAUGGCUGGAUUUCGCUUCUGGAACGCAUCGGUAAUUUCAAAUUCCUUGUUUGGACUUGGAUCCGGUGACUCUAUUAUUAAGAACAUAACAUGCACAGGUGAUGAAAAAGAUUUAUCAACUUGUCGCUCAUAUCCUUGGGAGAAAACGACGUGUUUAAGUAAACAAGUCGCCACAGUUUAUUGCCGGGUACAAAAAACACCUCUCCGUUUGGUGAAUGGUGACAAUCCUUAUUCAGGACGUGUAGAAGUAUUCCACAACAAUAAAUGGGGCACAGUGUGUGAAAAAAGAUUUACGUUAGCUGAUGCAAAAGUUGUUUGUCAAAUUGCUGGAUAUAACUUUUCUACUGAUGUAUCCAUAGUAUCUGACAAAUAUGACAGUGGAUAUACACCAUACAAUGUUAUGAUACAAAAUCUUGCAUGUAUCGGUAAUGAAUCUGAUAUUUCACUCUGUCAGUCAGCUGAUUGGGACACUGGUUAUGAAAAUUGUCCGUCUUCGAAUUACUACCAGAGUGUCGGUGUGAAUUGCUUAACAACCGUUAAUCUUGUUGGCGGUCUAACACAAUAUAGUGGCAGAGUGAUAAUUACACAUCAAGGACAUACAGGCUCUAUUUGCAGCGAACAUUUUUCGAAUGAAAACAUCAAAGUUAUUUGUUUAAUGCUAGGAUUCAACUUUACAACGAAGUUCUUAUCGAACAAUUAUACUUUCAUAACUUCACAAUCACCACCAUCAAUAAUAGUAGAAAAUCUUCAGUGCACGGGAGAAGAAAUAGAUAUACAGGAAUGUAAUUCUCGGCCUUGGGGCCAAACAAAUUGCUCAAACAACAAAGCUGUAGAAAUCUCUUGCAAUACACCAGUAGAAUUGACAAGAGGUGAAAGUUUUAUUUCGGGUCGUGUAAAAGUUCUCCGUCCUGAUGGCUGGAACAAUAUAUGUUACACUGGAAACGACUUUCAAGACAAUGCCAAUGCGCGAGUUGUCUGCAGAACAAAGGGUCUUAGUACAGGAACGGUAACGGUGUACAACGAGACUGGAGAUUAUCAUGGUCAGCUUAGUGUGAAAUGCCAUGGUGAAGAGAUAGAUAUAGGACUUUGUCAGAUAUCUAACAAUACUUGUGAAACGAAGGAAAGUCUUGCGAUUUCAUGUGAUACCGACGUGAAAUUAACGGACGGAAGAACAAAGUAUAUGGGAUAUGUAUCUGUUAAUCUGCAAGGCACGCAUAAAAUAACUCCAAAUAUAGCAAACGACAAGACGGCAGCUAUGAUUUGCAGAGAAUUGGGAUACAAUUAUACAAGAAACCCUGAAGUUCAAACUUGGAACAAUUUUGGAAUUAAAUACAACAGCAAAUGUGCAUAUAGUGUCAUCCGAAAACUUCACUGUAAUGGUGAUGAGCAUGAUGUUAUGAAUUGUCGAAAUAGUACAUGGGAUUUUUCUAAACGUUGUUCAACUCCAGAAACAGGAAUAAACUGUCAAACCCCAAUUCGCCUUUAUAAUGGUUCGCAAUUUCAACAUGGAAGAGUAGAAAUCAAAAUAAAUCAAACAUGGUAUCCUGUCUGCAGUAAAAGCUUUAAAGUAUCAGAUGCCGCCGUGGUAUGUCGUAUGCUCGGCCACAAACAUGUAAAAAAUGUGGUUCUCCUUGAAACGAAUGCUGAAAACCAUGCAUAUUACCUAAAUGGUAAUCUUCAGUGUAACGGCGAUGAAGAUGACGUAUCACAAUGUCAAAAUGCAAUACAAGAAACAAAUUGUUCCACAAGUUCUCCUGCAUACAUAAACUGCAGUACCAAUAUCAGAUUGGUUGACGGGCCAACGUUAUACAAAGGUCGUCCAGAGAUCUAUCUUAAUGGAUCUUGGGGUCCGAUUUGCCAGAACAGCAAUAGCAAAGCGUAUGAAGUUAUGUGUAAGAUGUUGGGUUUCAAUUAUAACGGCGCUGUCAUGCAUUAUUCUUAUAACGAUAAGCCAUCAUUCAGCAACAAAACAUUUGGUAGAACAAGUUAUUAUGUAUCUAACCUCAAUUGCGAAAAUAACGGAUUAGCAGAUGAUAUAUCUGAAUGUGUCUCAAAUGAUUGGAACUCUGGUUAUUCCUGCCCUGAUACUCAACCCCUUGAGAUAGAGUGCAAUACACUUGUCAGUCUACAUCAGGGGUCGAAUCCUAACGUUGGACGAGUUCAAGUAGAAUAUAGAGACAGUCACUGGUCAAUAUGUGGUGAUAAUUUUACUCUAGAAAACGCCGAUGUCGUCUGCCGAUCGAUUGGAAUAGAAACAUACAGAAAUGCAACAAUCUAUUAUGGAAAUAAAUAUGGCUAUUCAUCCUACUCAAUCAUCGAUCUCAGCUGCUCAGGUGAUGAAACUGAUUUACAAGAAUGUAAAUCUGCCCCAUGGAUGGAAACACACAACUGCAAUACAUCUAAUAGAGCAGUUGCUGUCAAUUGUCGUCCGAAUACUCCUGUGCGGAUAAAUGGUACGAAAUCAUCAGGAUUACCGGAAUUUAACUAUCAGGGCCGAUGGGGUACAGUUUGUUACAAUCAAUUCCAUACGACAGAUGCAAGUGUAAUAUGCAACAUGCUUGGCUUCAAAAAGGCAACAGUUAAAUGUUCAAAUGACAGAGUGCGUUUGGUUGGAGGUGUAAACGAUUAUAUUGGAAAGAUCCAGUUUCAAUAUUUGGGAGUUUGGGGUUCAGUAUGUGAGAAACAUUUUGAUUCUAGAGACGCUGAAGUUGUUUGUAGGGAAAUUGGAUUGCAGGAAAAGAAUAUAGAUAUUUUCAAGAACUCUCGAUUUGGCUAUCAGAGUAGUAAUUUUACUGUAAAUGAUCUUAACUGCACCGGAGGAGAACGUGAAUUAGAUGAGUGCGGAUCAUAUCCUUGGAAAUUGAACAACUCUCCAUGCAGAAAUGCUGGUGUUAAUUGUAGACCAAAUACUCCAAUUCAACUGUUAAACGGGACAAGUAAUUAUACUGGUCGUCUUGAAGUUGAAUACAAACAACAUUAUGGAACAGUAUGCGACAGAGAUUUUGAUAUAAACGAUGCUAUAGUGGUCUGCAGGAGUUUAGGAUAUAAUACCAUGAGCGUUGGUUUCAAGAAAAACGCAUUUUAUGGAAAAGGAAAAGGGGAGAUUACUAUCUCGAAUUUGAAUUGCACGGGGAAUGAAAGUGACAUAUCAUAUUGUGACACACCCUAUCGAUGGGCCGAACCGCACGAGUUCUGUACACAUGAGAAUGACGUCUCUGUUCUUUGCAACACGCCAGUGCGCCUUCGUGGUGGGUGGACUAAUUUCGAUGGGAUAGUUGAAAUUUAUAUAAAUAAAUCUUGGAAUUCUGUUUGCUAUGAUGGAUUCACACAAGAUGAUGCAAAGGCAGUCUGUAUUUUAUCUCAUUUGUCAAGUGAUAAUGAUAGCUCUGUGAUUAUCUCGAUCCACGGAUCAAGAUAUUAUGGGUUUGAAAACAAUCAACCUUCAAUCGUCUCCCUUGGAUGUAACGGACAAGAGGAUGAUUUAUUUUUCUGUGGGUCUGGAAAUUGGACAAAACCGGAACAUUCAUGUAGUUCGCAUGAAUCUGUCGCUAUUAAUUGCAGGGCUGAAACAGAAAUACAACUCGUAGACAAAAAUGGUCAAAAUGUCAAUUUAGAGGAGAGAAAGAAGGAUGCUGUUUCGGGCAGGGUCGAAGUAUUUUAUAAAGACAAAUGGGGUACUAUUUGCGAUGAUAAAUUUGACGACAGCGAUGCUAUGGUUUUAUGUUCGAUGCUUAACUUUACUGUAGGUAAAGUAUAUAGGACUGAUUCGAAAAAUGCGAUUGGUUAUGGUAAUGGCAGUAUUUGGAUUGACGACCUUGAUUGUCUUGGUACAGAAAAAGACAUUUCUGAAUGUAAAUCGGAAGAGUGGGGAGUCCACAACUGUGAACAUACUGAGGACGUUGCAAUAACAUGUGAUUACAUAGAUAACAUAGAUCCAUGCAAGCCAAAAGAAAGUAUAAGACUGCCAAAUCUUGAUAUACGAUAUUUCAAUGUACACACUGAGGAUCUUAAAAAGGUAUAUAAUGAUUCCAAGUUAUCAUUCCGAUGGUAUAAUGUUGGUAACAAGACAUUUCCGGAUAAGAAACCUCCAAUUGAUCGUUGUGGAACACACUUUCCUAUUUACAGUGCAGAUACAGUGCCAUACCAGAGUAAACCGGUUACUAUAACAGCCAAGCAAGUACCCGAAGAAAAUAUGCCAAUUGUUCAGUACAAAAUUCUGGCUAAACAUUGCAACGACGGUGACUACGUGUACAGACUAGGUCCAACUAAAAACGACCAAAGUGGAUACUGCUUUGGUAUUGGAUCAGAUGAAAAACCAACAGAAUUUGUGGCGGAAAAAGUCACAGUUAGGGUAAAAGUCAGUAAAGUAAACGUUACAUUUCAAUGCAAGUUUGACCCUUCGAGCAAAGACCAUCACCUCUUUUAUCAAGUGCAUUGGAAAAUAACUGGAAACUAUCAUGCUUCUUUUACCAAACAGUUUUUUAAUGAAAGCAACAUUGAUAAAUUGGAGCUUACUGAUGAAGACAUUGGAAAGUAUGAUAUUGGUCUGGGAAUAAAUAUAUCAUGUGCGAUAAGGGCCUUCAGAAAGCCUAAUGGUCAGCCAGGUUCAAUUUCUGACUUUUCAUCACCGUACUUUGCGGGUCUUAUUGUAAAAGACAAGAAUAUAAGUUUGAGAAAAGGCGAGACCAAAUCUAUUGAGAUCAUUAACACAAUGCCAAUCGUUUGCUCACAAGAUUUUAUAAAUGCACAUGUAUGCUUUAUGCAGCUUCGACACAUGAUCCCAAGUGAUGAUAAAUGUGCUAAUUUAGGUUCUUUCGCGGCAGGAUCAUGUCAGACGCAACUUACACGGUCUUCAUAUAACAAUGUAACGUAUGUCAAAAUCACAACAUCUGAGACAGGACAAUAUGGCGUAUAUGGACAUUUUAAAGUUCACUUAUUUCACGGUGAACAAAGUUAUAUGAAUAAGAUCUGGCAUAAAAGAUAUAAGUUACCAAUCAUAAACGUUGAAGUUUUCCCAGAAGAAGAUAGAUCUUGGCGAAAAACAAUAUGCGGCGCCAGAAAUGACCCCCAUAUGCAAACAUUUGAUAACACAAAAUAUGAGCAUCACGAAGAAGAAGGCGAGUACAUCCUGUAUAGACACAAAACAUUUAAAAAUGUAGAGAUACAACAUAAGAUAGCCUCAUGUGUUGGACGUAGCUCGCAUGCAAAAUGUAAUUGUGGUUUAGCCGUUCGAGCAGGAAGUGAUAUAUAUGUAAUAAAUGUAUGUAAUAGACUUCUGGACAUAGGGUAUAAAAGAUGUGAAAAUAACGCCCUUACGGUAAAGAAGGACAAUGAUUUAACAUACACAAUUUAUUUGCCGUAUGGAACAGCAGUACGAGCCAGGAUAGAUAAUGCACCCUGGAUGGGAAAUGAAGGUGGAAGAGUUCUUGAUAUCUCUGUUCUUCCAUCUGUUCAUGAUAACAAAAAUAGUACAGGUCUAUGUGGCUCUCUUAAUAAAAAUGGAUCUGAUGAUUUUGUAAACAGAAACAAUGGCACUAUUCAUGAUAACUCUACAACAAAGGUGUUCAUAAAAAGUUGGAAGGUAAACAGAAGCGAAAGUUUAUUUACAAAUGCACAUAAUAUGAUACUGGAAAGCUGGACUUCUCCGUCUUGUAUGUGCCAGUUAGAAUCUGAGAAUGCAAACACAAUAACGCGCUGUGAUAGAAGUGUGGCAGAUUGCACUCCCGGGACAAAGACUGGAGAACACAGUUGUGGAGGAUUGUCAUCUAUUCGCACUCGCCGAUCUCUGUCACAUAAACCCAACAUUCCUAUUGUCAGACAAACAUCGCAUUACUCCAUGGCAACACAACACGUAUUAAAAAAGAGAAGCACUGACAAAAAUCAAACUGUUUGGACAAUGGAAUCCGCAAAAACACAUUGCAAUCAAUAUUUCGACUCAUUAAAAGCAUUUGAACUAUGCUCAAAGUUACCUGCCACACAUACAAACAUCUCUGUCGAGAACUGCGUGUUAGAUAUAACUUUGAGCAAUUCCACGGAAUGGAUCGACAUAACUAAACAGUCUAUGAUAGAUACAUGCACUGGCGAAAUUCAUAGGAACGCUACCGUCAGGAAGGCCUUGAUUGAAAAAGCAAAGAACGCAACUACUACAAGCUCGUCCAGCUUUCCUUUGGGCACCACUAAAAAUCCACAAAAUGAGAUUAAAGCAAUUGAAGAAUUAAAAGAAUUAGAAAAUAUAGAAAAAGAUAUCAAAACAAUUGAGGAGAUUUCGUGCUUAAAUAACUGUUCCGGUCAUGGCCUUUGCUCUAAUGGUGAAUGUACUUGUGAACGUGGAUACGGUGCAUCCGAUUGUCAUUUGGAUAUUUAUAAAGCACCGCGACUUCAAGAGAUUCUUGACAAUGGACUCUGUGAUAAAAAGGUCUCCGAUUGUACCCACAUUUAUGUAUUUGGUGAAGUCUUCGCUGGAACCAAUCUGACCUGUCGUAUACGAACAUUCAAAAUGGCAGUGAAUAGAACUCGUGGGGAGAACACUGAAACGUUUGAUAUUAAAGGAACAGCCGACACAUUGAUUGAAGCAAUGUGCCCAAUCAAGCACUUGAACAACCUGAGGAAAAGAAGAAGCGUUAACGACCAGCCACCAGAUGAUUUUGUUCAAAGUUACGACGUUGCUAUAAGUAAUGAUGGUCAGAAUUUCGGUAACGAAACACUGAAUGUUUAUGUGUUUGAUUCAACAUGUCAAACUUAUACGAACGCGUCUAGUGGUAUGACUUUUGACUUAAAGGUUGGCUUUUGUCAUAUUCAAGGGAAAUGCGUGAAAAAUGGUAGCCUUUCUAUCCAGCAAACUAUGGUGUGUGACACAAGGGCAAGCAAGUUUGGUUGGACUUUGCUAUCUACAACUUCAAGUUCAACUUCAACUCCAAAAACUUCAUCUUCGACUGUUACCAUUGAUUCUGGUUACACUACAGAGAAUCCAAAGUCAGUCAUAGCUGAAAUAGAAAAAUCAGAGCCAGGACUCAAGUCAUACAAGUUAGAACUUACAAUCGACAUUAUUCUUGAUAGUGCCCAUAAUCUCAACUCGCAAACAGUCUGGAAUGAGACCAAGAUUGCACUCAAACACUAUUACAAAGAAACACUUGGCAUUGGACUAAAGGACGUUGUUAUCCUUUCGCUUCAGAAAGGUAGCCUUAUUGUUAAACAUGUUGUGAUUGUCAAGACCAAUGAAUUUGUCAUAAAGGCAUUGUCGGUUGCGCUUGCUGGUCUGUCAAAAGGAAAACCAAUUCAACUGUUUGGUAAUUACUACAGUGUUGAAAAUGUCAAGAUAGAAGACAGUAAAGUUGGGGUGGAAUCUGACCAUUUUCAUAAGUUUCUCCUUUGUGAAAGUUAUACACAACUGCACCCAUGUCUGAAUAAUGAAGAAUGCAUAGUAGAGAAAGACGCUGCAACUUGCAAGAAAGUUUCACAAGACGGAGUUGAAGGUAACACAAAUAUGAUCAUCAUAAUCUCGUCUACUGUUGGUGGAGUCCUUGUUAUUGUCAUCUUUGCACUGAUCACGGUCCUAUGUUGUAAAAGAAAGAAAAACAAGAAGGGGUUGAAAAAUCGCAGACAAGCAACUGUCCAAAACGAGUACGAUGGAUUACCUCUUGAUUCCUUAUCAAGUGAUGAUCGCGGAAAGAAACAGGGUCAUGAAAAUAGGGCUUACAAGGGCCAGUCAAAAGAUUCAGCAGUCGAUGAUAUGACUCUUGGCACCGGAUCAGUGUACAAUGAUGGGUCCUACGUCGAGUCAAAGGAUGGUUACAUUUAUUACUAUGGGAAAAGCAAACAGGAAGAUCGAUUAUAAUCAAAACAAAAACUUUGUUUUUCAAAUGAUUACAAACAUUUUAGCAGUAUUCCAUUUUUAUGAAUAAUUCAAUAUAAAACUGUGUAAUUGUUAUAAUAUUUCAUUUGAUAUAAACUACUUGGCAAAUAUUUCAAAUUUCUUAUUAAUCAGAAAUUCAAUACAUUGAAAUAUACUAACAUAUUUCCACAUUUCAACUUGAAGAUCAACUGAAGAUAGUUAAGUAUUUUCUUACACUGUUACAUAUAAAAAAUAUGAAAUAAAGAACGGAACAACAAUCGGCGACAGUGCAUGAUUCCUUAACCAAACAUAGCAUAAGUAUAUAGCAAAUUCUAAAAAAUGAUCAUAAAAUAAUGGCACCGAGUCUUGACGAUAAAAGGAAUCGCUGAUUCAAAUAUUUAGAUAUCUUGUCUGAUUUUUAUUGUAUUUACAUGCAUGUACAAAUUAUUAUUGAUUACAAUGAACCGACACAUAAAUAUUUUUGUUACUAGUGUUUGUGUUGCUGUGUCAGCAUUUCAUGAUUUAUUUUAACGGACCUACACUAAGCCGGUUCUGAACUUAUUUUUGUCUCCUUUUUUUGUAAAAGCAAGCUUGCAUAUUGUUGUUUGAUACGUCUAAAUUCCUAAAUGUCGAAUUCUCUAUAUUAUAGACUUAAUUAAUGUUUGUGUUGUGGGAAGGAUACUUUCUGUCCCAUCCCAAAAAUGUAUCAUGUUAAUAUCGUUUACAUGUAAAAUGUAAAUUAUGUUGAAUAAAUAUGUUUAAACCUA